AUGAUUAUUGGAUUUUCCUGUUCAAAUGAUCCUAAUUGCAUAAGAUGUUUUGAGAGUGGAUGUUCAGCUUGUGCAGAUAACUAUUUUUUAAAUUCUUCAAAGUAAUGUGAAAAAUGUUUUGAUCCUAAUUGUGUUAGUUGUAAAGGAAAACGUUAGAUAGAUUGCUGGGCUUGUGGUUAUGAAAAGCGAUAUCUUUUAGAAGAGGAUUCUUCUUGUACUGAUUGUAAUUUAGAUGGAUAUUAUAAAAAAGUUUAAUUUUGUUUGAAAUGCCUUCCUUAAUGCAAAAAUUGUAAAGAAAAUAAUUAUCUUUGUACUUCUUGUGAAUCUGGUUAUUUUUUUAAUGAAUAUACUUGUUUUAAGUGCAUUCCUAACUGCCAAAAUUGUAAUAAUGCAAUCACUUGUUAAUUAUGUCAAUCAGGUUAUUUUUUGAAAGGAUAUUCUUGUAUUGAAUGCAUUCCUAACUGCCAAAAUUGUAAUAAUGAAACCACUUGUGAAUUAUGUUAAUCUGGUUAUCAUAUUCAUGAAUAAACCAACUAGUGUGUUAUUUGUUCAUAAUAGUCAGGAUAUUACAUUUCUGGCAAAUAUUGUAAAUAAUGUAAUGUAGCUUGUAAAGAAUGCUCAGGACCUACUGAUUUAGAUUGUACUAUAUCUAAGAUUCCAAUUAAAAUUAUUGCUUAGUAUGCAGCUGUUAGUAAUGCGAAAGUGGACACAUAUUAUUUAAUUAAAAAUAAUGUACAUAGAGCUGUGAAUCUGUAGGUAGUAACUAUAUUUAUGAUUCUUUAACAAACACCUGUACAUGUUAAUAAGGGUAUAAUUAUCUUGUUAGAAAUCCUUAUAAAAAUAAUUUCGAUUGCUCAAACGGUAAAGGCUAUGGAUACUUCUGUGAUUCUCAUAACAUCUGCUUCUAGUGCAGCUAAAACUGUAGUUCCUGUACCGAUAUUCAAACAUGCAUAAAAUGUAAUGAAGGAAGUUAUUUAUGGCAGAAUGCUUGUUCAUAAAACUGUUUUCCAGAUUUAAAUAUUUUCCCCAAUACUUAAAAAGGAAUAUGUGAGUGCCCUGAAGGAUAUAACUUAGAGUAUCUUAAAAGUCCUGUUUAGGGAUAAAGUAUGA